AUGCACAUCGCCAAUUUCACAAAAAUUCAGAACACUAUGGCUGAGCCACGGCACAAGCAGGAACAGAACAGACUUCUUGGACAUGUCACGCAGUUCAAGCGCCAGAAAGGACUCCUCACCUUGGCCAUUGAGACAUCCUGCGAUGAUACGUGCGUUGCCCUCCUUCAGAGCUACGAGAGCACCGAGAGGACCGAGAAACCUGAGUUGGUGGCCCGCCUACUCUUCAAUAAGAAAAUCACGUCGGACCAGCGCCAGUUUGGCGGCGUCCACCCGGCCGUUGCCGUCGAGUGGCACCAGCGCCACCUCGCAACCCUGGUCGAAGAGGCCAUCCGGUCUCUUCCCGAAGGCAACACGUCGGCUUCCCAGAAAACCAAACUGCCGUACCGGACCCCAGACCUCAUCGCCGUCACCCGUGGCCCCGGCAUGCCCACCAGCCUGGCGACUGGCAUGGAAGUAGCCAAGGGUCUCGCUCUGGCCUGGGGCAUCCCGAUCGUGGGAGUCCACCACAUGCAAGCACACGCUCUCACGCCGCAGCUCGUCGAAGCUCUCGACCGCUCCGCUGCUUUCAGCGUCGCAUCAUCACCAUGGGAAGCACGCCAACGGGUCGAUGCCGAAGUAAAAGCAGCAUCAGGACAGCAGGAAGAGGCUCAGCACCCCAACCUCGAUUACCCCUACCUCAACCUGCUCGUCUCUGGUGGCCACACCCAACUGGUCUACUCGGCCUCCCUGACGUCGCAUCUCAUCCAGUGUACGACCGAUAACAUCGCCCUGGGCGACAUGCUCGACAAAGCCGCGCGCAAGAUCCUUCCGCCCUCGAUGUUGAACUCGGGUCAAAAUGUCAUGUACGCCGCCGCGCUAGAGCGCUUUGCUUUCCCCCGCUUCCCCAUCGGCGCCGACGAGAGGGAGUACAACUUCAAGUACACCCCCCCAGCCACGCGGGCCGCCGAGAUCGAACAGCACAACUCGCCCUACGGCUGGCACCUCUCGCCGCCUCUGUACGCCUCUAGGAAGAUGGAGUACAACUUCACCGGACUCGGAUCCCAAGCGCAGCGGAUUGCCGACUCUCUGGACAGUUUUUCUUCGUAUGAGAAACCCACGGAACAAGUCCUCUCGCUGGAGGACUCUCCCGAGUCCGGGUCCGACUUGGCGCCCUCACCCGACUCUUCCACCACUAUUCUCUCCCCCGCCCUCAAAGAGGAAGACCAGAUUGAGCAGCGCCGCUACCUAGCCCGCGCGACGAUGCAGCUAGCCUUUGAGCACCUCGCCUCGCGCAUUGUCAUGGUGCUCCAGCAGCAGGCCAAGACGUCGGGCGAGCAGCAAAAGGUCAAGACGCUCGUGGUAUCGGGUGGCGUGGCGAGCAACCAGUUUCUGAGGCACGUUCUCCGUCGCGUGUUGGAGGUGCGCGGGUUCGGACACAUUCGGAUUAUGGCUCCGCCUGUAAACCUGUGUACGGACAACGCGGCCAUGAUUGCGUGGACCGGGUCGGAGAUGUGGAGGGCGGGCUGGGUGAGCAAAUUGGACAUGUUGCCAAUUAAGAAGUGGAGCAUGAGUUCGACCGGCGAACAGGGCGGGAUCCUGGGAACGGAAGAGAAACCCUUUUAUGUGAGGCGUUGA